GGCUUGCGGUUCCUGUUACUCAGCAGCCUCAAAAACUCACACCAACUCCUGCAAGGAAUAUGAAUCUUGGAGCUCCCAGCUAUUCUGUUCCUGUUUCCAUCAGCUCCUUCCCUGAAAACUCAGAGGUGCUCAGCAUGCCAUGCUAAAAACCAAACUAAAAAGAUCUUGGAGGCAUCUCAACUUUAAUGAGGACCUUCCAACAUUCCAGACUGAUGUCCUGCAAUGAAGCUCUGAGUCAUGGUCUGUGGGGCUAAGGUACUGGCAACAGUGUGAACCCCGGGACAACUAACCUCACUAACCUUCACUCUAAGCAGAAGCCCAAAGUGAGUCUGGCCUGAAAUCAGAGCAAGCACUACAGAAAGACAUCUUUGUCAAUGGAAAGAGGAAAGAAGAAAAGAAUUUCCAAUAAGUUACAACAAACUUUUCACCAUUCUAAAGAACCCACUUUCCUUAUCAACCAAGCUGGGUUUCUCUCUAGUGACUCCUAUUCUAGCCUUUUGCCAGAAACAGAGAAUGUUAAUCCUGGUGAAAAGAUUAAGACAGACACUCAGAAAAAGAGACCUGGGACUGUGAUACUAUCAAAACCGUCAAGUAGAAGAAUUAUCUCGGAAAGCCAGCUUAGUCCCCCUGUAAUCCCGGCCCGCAGGCCUGGAUUCCGGGUAUGCUAUAUCUGUGGUCGAGAAUUUGGGUCCCAGUCAAUUGCCAUUCAUGAACCCCAGUGCUUGCAGAAGUGGCAUAUUGAAAACAGCAAGUUGCCCAAGCACUUGAGGAGGCCAGAACCCUCCAAACCACAGUCUCUCAGCGGCAGUGGGUCCUACAGUCUUCAGGCAAGUAAUGAGGCUGCAUUUCAGAGUGCCCAGGCUCAGCUGCUGCCCUGUGAAUCCUGUGGCCGCACAUUCUUGCCAGAUAAUCUUGUUCAUCAGAGAAGCUGCAAGCCAAAGGGUGAGGGUCCCAGAGCACCACACUCAAACAGUUCUCAUCAUCUUACUGGCCUCAAGAAAGCUCGUAGUGGAACCCCAGCCCGACCGAGGACAGUUAUCUGCUACAUUUGUGGUAGGGAAUUUGGCACCCUGUCCCUUCCUAUUCAUGAGCCCAAAUGCCUGGAAAAGUGGAAAAUAGAAAAUGACCGGCUCCCUGUGGAGCUCCACCAGCCACUCCCACGGAAGCCUCAGCCCCUUCCGACUGCACAGUCCAGCCAAGCGGGACCAAGUCAAGCUCAGCUUGUGUCCUGCCCAAAUUGUAGCCUAACCUUUACCUCAGACCGCCUUCUGGUACACCAGAGAAGUUGUAAAACUCAAUCUCAGGGGCCAAAAGAUCAGAAUUUGACCUUAGGGAGUAAAGGAGGCCUAAAAGAGUCCACUAAUUCCAAGCAGCAAAAGAACAGGGCAGCACCCAGUGUAACUGAUAGGGUAAUUCAUGCCACACAAGAGGCUUUAGGUGAACCUGGUGGCGCCCUCUGCCUGUAGGAGAACGAGAGAAAACUAUCCCUAGAAUCAGCCACCUCAGCCCCUAGUAUUUUUUCUAUCAACGCCUUACUCAGCCUCAAUGCAGCCUGUUCAAUUAACUCCCUGUGGAACUCCAGGGCCUGUAUCUCUCUUGGCUGAAUAGAUAUAAGAACAUCCUUGCCUGAUGGGUUCAUACUACUCUUCAGUUCUGCUGUCUAAAAGAAGAAGAGAUGGACUUCUUUCUUCCCCGAUCCCUGAUACAAAUAAUCCCCAGGAGACUGUAAUUUGAAAAUGAGUCAUUAAUGCUGUGUCUACAUUACAGAGAUAUAAUUCCCAUUCCAACAGCCAAUAUUUAUUGCCGGUUUAUUUUAGUCAUCUACCUUAGGAAUUCAUUUUUGGCACUGCUGGGUCAUGCUGAGUUUAUCUUACUAAAAUAGAAUCUGUGUCAAAAACCCCAAAUGACUUUAGCAACAAUUAAACACUGAAGAACUUGCAAAAAUACA